AUGGGCGCACAGCGAUUAUGGCUUGCGCUGCAGUCCAUCUUGUUCAGCAUGAUUAUGUUGCUGUCUCUAAACGAUUCAGCAAUAGCAACAGUCACGUUGUCCCAGAGCCCACCGCCUCUGCAACCAGUUUCCGGCAGCGCCCUGUUGGAUACCUGCCCCCGGGGGCUUGCUGACUGCGGGCAGGGGCAGGUCAGAUUGUACGCAGCGUCGGCGUCAGCAGCACCUAAGCCUCGCGACUUGGCUGCAGCCAACUACAGCGCCUUGCUCGGGGCGCCAACCUAUACUGGCCGAUGCUUGUCUGGGCCUCCGAGCACGAGAGCAGACCAAACGGCCCUCUGGUCCCUUGCAAGCGGUGAUAUCGACAGCAACAGCCCGGCACAGACUACGCUUGCCGUGACCUUCAGCUCAGCGCUGUAUGCAGUACAGGUGGAGGUCGCCGUCGCGAGCAGCCGUGGAAGUGCCGUGUCAGAGGUGGCGGUACGGCUGGCAUCUGGUCAAUCCCGCAAGGUGGAUUGCCCUCCAGACGACGCGCCCAGGUGCCGCGGCCUUAGCGCCGCCGAAUCCACGUACACAUACGUCUGCAAUCUGCUGGCGCCCUCCGACGGUGUAAAUCAUUACGACAGCAUGCCGUCAGGUCAGGCGAUCUACGACAGUGAUGCCGCGCCGCCCUUGCCUGACGGCAGCUCCGAUGCGGACCGUCUGAGCAGCAGCGGCGACGCCGCCGCUGCAAUGCCGUCGUCCAGGACGAGUAACGACAAUGGUACGGCAUCGUUGUUAUCGCCGUUAUCCGUGCACACGGCAAACAGCCUUGUACGGGAGGUGCAGCUGGGCGUGGACCGUUGGGCGGUGGUUGACGCCGUGGCGCUGCGCCCGCCUCCUCUACUGCCGUCGGCAUCACCGCCGAAGCCGCCGAAGCCUCCACCCUCGCCGCGGCCUCCGCCCCCUCCGCCGCCACCGCCAGCGCCGCCGCUGUACGAACUCCUUGGCAUUUCCUUAGCUCUCGUGAACGAGUCUAAUCCAUCCGCGUUUUUGUCCGUCACGCGCGACUACGACCUUGUGCUGUCUGCCGACGCCCCGGCCAAAGUCGACGCGGCGGCUCUGGCGGCGGUGUUCCCGACAGCGGUUGACGUACAGGUGUUGGGCUGGGACGUGACGGCGCCGCUGCAGCUGGUCAGCAAGACGCCUUCUUCGGUGCCUGCGUCUGGCGUGGUGUGCGAUGCUGGUCUGACUGCCGCCAUCGCCGCCGACCUGGGCUCCAGAUUGGGCCUCACAGCCUCGCAGGUCAACGUGUCGUGCAUCAGCAACAGCAGCGGCGACGCCGCCACCGCUGCCGUCAACGGCGGCGCGAUGAGCCGUCGCUUGCUUGCGACGGCAUCGGCGGAUUCCAGCGGUGUCCAUAUCGAGAGGGCAGCGGAAGCUGAUGCGGCAUUGGCGGCGGCGGCGGCGGCGGCGGGCCCCCAUGAUGCCGGCCGGGAGCUGCAGGCGGCGGCAGUAGCCAGCGGCGGCGGCGGCGGCGGCGCGGAGGGCUCAACGAUACCGGAGGAUGAGUUGGCUCCAGGGACGUCGCUGCGGGAGGAAGUGUACGACAGUCUCGUGGCAGUGGCUGCCAAAUCAACGGCCGUGGAGGUGUGCCUGCCAUCGCCUGAGGAGCUGGUUGUUUCGACACAGGUCCGAGCCACGUACAAAGUGCCCCUCAGCGAGCAGGGCAAGCAGCUGUACACUGGGGCCUGUAACGGCUCCGGAUCUGGUUCCGGAUCUGGUUCCGAAUCUCGCCGGAUGUCGCUGGCUGGCGUUGGUGCUGGCGGCAGCAGUGGCGGUCUGGUCGGUGCUGCCGGCUGUAAUGUCCUGCCAGUACCCAUCUCGGUGUACAAAAAGCAGAACUGA